GAAGGUUUAACUUUAUCGUAGUCAUCGCAAUGAACGAAGAUCAGCUCAACCUACAUUCAAAAAUCUUGCUGGGUUUAGCUGAAGUCUUGGCCGAUAGUCGAGCAAAAGCAUCUGUUGAAGAAAUAGAAAAACUUUUGUCAAAAUGUCCUGAAGUGCCCAUCAAUAAAGGCACAGACAUAUUCACUCGCGAAAAAGCCCCUGGUUUAGGCUCAAUGACUCGUAGACGACAGCAAACUAUAGCUGCUUUAGUGAAAUAUGCAGUGAAAGCAAGUACAGAAAGAAAAUUAGAAUUGGUACCUCGGUUGUUAUCUUAUAUAAGACACUUACCUGCCUUUGAUUGGGAGCCUGUAAACUUGAAUGGGCCGCCUCCAUCGGAUAUGAUUACCUAUUAUUUAGUAGCUGGUCUCUUGGAAAUAGGUAGCAAAUGCCCACAGCUAUAUGAAGAAGUCACCAGUACUUUGUGGGCUUAUGCCGAGUUUAUCAUUAAACUAUUGCCAGAAAAUGUCGAGUUUACUGUCACGUUCAUCCUUCCCUCUUUGGCAGGGUUGACAAGAGCAUUGCAAUUAUCACCUUUUCUUUAUCGACCUGCACAACUGCUAAAUCUGUGUACUAACGUACAAUCAAUGCUUCAAGACGAUGUACUAGAUAUGAUUCGCAUAUCCAUUACCACCUGUCUUAGAAAUGCCGAUAAAAGUGCUUACAGCCGUCGUGUCUUGGCACAAUAUAUGAAUGACGGUGCACCGUUGAGUUCCAAUCGUAUAGUCCAUGACCUUCUCGUCAUAUUUAGAAAUACUCUUGCUCGCAUUCUUGCCAAUGCAGUACCAGAAUCAAGCCGUACAACGCCUAUCAUACUUACACCCAAACAGUGUUCCAAGCUAUACAUUACUAAAGAUAUUGAACGCAUAUGGACAACACUUAUGCAGCAUUCAUCCAAAAACCAUGAAGUGAUUGAUAAAGGAUCCGAAAUACAUGCUCAAUUGAAAAAAUGUGUUAAGCAUUUAUAUGUCACGAGCCUUGGAUAUCAUGAUGACGCUCGAAAGUUUGCUGAAAAAAGUGAUCAAGAAGGAGCAGAAUGGGCUCCAGAUGCCUACAUGCAAGAAAUUUUGGGAACAAGCUUGCAAGUUGCUGCGUUAUCUUCGGUUUAUCUGCACGAAGUAGAUGCCUCACUUACGGAACAGAUCAGCGAAUGCCUGUUUGAUACUCUUAAAGUUCCUGAUUCUUGGGUCCAUAUUGCCUCUUUAGAUGCUGCUGUAUUGCUUGCUAUGAACUUUAUUCAUUUGAAUGCAACCAUGACAGACAUGCUUUGUCGAUUUCUCGCCACACCCUCAUCUGUAUUUGAUCUUCAUGAAGAAAAGUUGAAGGGCUCUACAAGUGUACAGCAACAUGCCAUCACUCGACUAGCCCAGUGCGUUCAGACAAAGUUUGAAACACACGGAACCCAAACAGCUAUCUCUACAGUAUAUGCACUUUUGAACGAAAUUACACGAUACACUCAAACAAAUGGUGAAGCGACUUAUAGAGCUAAAGAGAGUAUUAUCUCGGGCGCACCUGCAGUAGAACAGCUGAAUGAGAAACAAAAGCAACAGGUUUGUGCUAAUGUAUUGUCUGCUAUUGUUGGUAUUGCUGUUUAUAUAAAAGAUGCUGAGAUAAUUUCUCAAGCAUUUUCUAUGCUUGCUCUUCGUCGCAAGAUGUUGUCUCCAUACGCCGCUGCCUCUUUAACUAUGAAGUUGGUUGAUCUUGCGCUCGUCAGUUCUGAAAAAGUAUUUGCAGAAAUAACCAGCUUGCUUGCAACUAUCAAUGAGGAAGCAAUUUACGCUGAAAACAAUCUGUUGCAUACAUCUAUAAUCUCUGCUCAACUUAGUUUAUCCGAGCGAUUGAAAGAAAGGCCUGAAUACUAUCAGAUAUAUCUACACAACGUUUUGACCUUGUUUAUUGAUAUUGGCAAUUCCAUUCAGCGAACCAUGCUGAAGAACAAAAAAGACCACGAAUAUCCCCUGGAAUCAAAGCUCGGUUCUCUUUUGCCUGUUAUAAGUGUUCUUUUAGAACACACUGACUUUAACCCUCAUCUUUCUCCUACUGGCGAGACCGUAGCACUCUUCCGCAAUUUUUGGUUCCACUGCAUUCUUUUUGGUUUUGUUACUGAAUCUAUCUGGAUUCGUGAAUGGCACAAUCACAUGCUGAAGAUUGCUAGAAAGACACCUGUACUUGUACUUGAAAGCAACACCAAUUACCUCGAAAGCGAUCUGGAACAUAACUCUGUCUUACGGAAUAGCAGUGCUGCAGAACACGGGUUAGGGCCUCUUCGACAAAAGCUAAACAACUUUUUGCCUUCACUUGCAUAUGAUAUCAAAAAUUUCUCAUUUGCUCAAAUUGUCUUUGCUCUCAGUGUAUAUCAUGUUGAAAUGAUGCGUAGCCGAAUGGGCGACUGCUCUCAUAUUCUUCACUAUUUUACAAAUGAUGGCAUAAACACCAGUACACUUGCAAAUUCUCUUGAAACAAUUGCUGAAAGAGUAUCGCAAGCAUUUAUCAAGGAUGCCUCUGGCAAGGCACAGGGACAAAGUCUGGAUGACAAUUUACGUAGUCAAGUUGCUGCUUUGCUUAAAUUAUGUUGCCACAAGCGUCAAAAGGUACAUGCUAUGGCUAUCAAGACAGUCGAACGAAUCGUACUCUCUUUUACUCAAGUAUUUACUGAUGGCUACCUCAUCCAACUUUUGCUUGAGUUAGUACAACUGACAUGGCUAAGCUGUGAAGCUGAGUAUCGUGAUGAAUAUUCUCCUGUUUUCCACUUUACUUCACAUCGCGUGAAAGUUACAAUUGAGCUUGGCGACUCUUAUGUAUAUCGUAAGGAGGUUUGUACACGGCUUUAUCAAAAUGCCCGUAAAUGGAUUCAACUUGCUCUUGUCCGUGCUCCAAACGAAGUGUCUGCUCAUCUUCAAGACUACCUAUCGGAUUUCAACAAGUAUACCACUAGUGAUUACAGUGAUGUCGUUCAUAUGGGUAGAUCACUAGCUCUGGAACUAGGAAAGACUUCAUCCAAGUCUGAAUUGGCAGUGGACUUUGUACCUAGUGUUCCUUCGGUCAUGCCAGACGAAUCAUCGAACUUCUUGCAUGAAUUUAGACAUAAAAACUUUUAUUUGGGUCAGAUUAGGGGUAUGGAGUACUUGAUAUCCUUGCGUGAACAAGCAGCACAUGCUGAAAACAACCAGGGAUUGACCAGUCAAGUCCCAUUUAUCCUCGAAGAACUCAAAAGUGUACUAAACGACGUUGUCAACAAAAAGAACAUCCCAAUCGAGCGCCUACAUACCAUCAUGCACCGUUCUGCAGCCUAUGCCAUUGCUAUACCAGAGCUAAAUGCAAAUAUCAUCCGCUACCUUGUUCGAAUUCCUGUAUACAUGUUCACUCCUGAAUCAAUCGAGAUCGCUACAAGUACUUGGAGUUGGAUGCUUGUGGAGCGGCCUGAGAUGGAAAACAAGUUGAUGAUAGAGGUAGUAAACAUGUGGAGUUGGUCUCAAUGUUAUCGCAAGGGCAUGUUUUCGCCAUUGCUAAAUGUGAAGCAUCCUUUUGCCUCCAAGAUGACUUAUGCUCCUUCUGACAAAGCCAUUCGUGAUACAAAUCAUCGCGUUGCCGCCUUCUUAUUCACACCGCAUGUAACUUGGAUCAAGUUUCUUAGCAACCGCUUCUAUGUGUUCAGACACAACAGUAAGCAUUUGGUUAGCUUGCUUAUUUCUUUACUUCAAAGUUCUUUUGAAAAUGCCCAUCUCAUGUGUACGCACCCGCUUGCCAGAUACGCUCGAUUUUCACUUCUUCAGCUUGGCCUAAAGGUUUUGCAAUCUACUCGACUAGAGGCCUUGGCAGAGUAUAAGUUCAGAACUUCUCUAUACCAUGCUGCUUUUGAUUGGUUUCAUCAAGCUCCUCAAUGGCAUUAUGGUGCACGAAAGAGUUUAGCCUUGCAGGAAUAUAGAUUGUUAACUGAAUUUUACAACACUGCUAUGGGAGAUACGCCUUCCUUAAGCUUUAUGAUAACCUGUGCGUCUAUCAUAGGAGGCAACAAUACAAAAUUGGCUACCGGUCAUCUUACGUUUUUGAAAGAUAAAUCAAAGGAUGAAGUGAUCAAACAACACAAAAACAUCCACAAGCUCCUUUUAUUAUUCAUUGAAAGCGAAUUGACAAAACUAUCUGUCUGGUCUAACCCUCUCAAUACAGUGGAUCCUGGAAAUCCAGCAAAUUUUGUUGGAAAUACAGAAAAAUCCAUGGUCUCAGACGAUGCAUGGAAAGAAAUAAUCCGAGUUGCAUGGGGCAUUUCGCCCAAGUUAGCCAUUCAAAUGGAUGCACGCUUUGUCCAGCCAGCUGUCCGACGCGAGCUUCAUCGCCUAGUUGCCAACAACACGUUAGAUGUUGUUGAUAUACCUGAGGCGCUCAUAAUCUUGUUGGGUGAAAAACUGUCCUCGAAUGCCAAGUUGGAUCUGCGGUACCUUCAAUACUGGGCACCUGUACCAGCCAUCACAGCAGCCAAUUACUUUUUACCUGCCUAUGGUAAUCAUCCACUUAUUUUGCAGUAUGCCAUGCGCACACUCGAAUAUUAUCCAGUGGAUACAGUGUUCUUUUACGUUCCACAGAUUGUUCAAGCAUUGCGGUACGAUGCAUUAGGCUACGUUGAGAAAUACAUUUUGAAAGCAGGUCAAAGUUCACAAUUGUUUGCUCAUCAAAUCAUUUGGAACAUGCAAGCGAACUUUUAUGUCGAUGCUGAUAAAGGAUGUCAAAAGCCUGAUCCUCUCAAGCCAACAUUGGAGAGAAUCAUUGAAAAGCUGGUUGCUUCAUUUACAGGUGAAGAUAGAGCAUUCUAUGAACGCGAGUUUAAGUUCUUUGGCGAGGUCACUGCUAUUUCUGGCUACCUAAAGGAAUACAUCAAAUAUGGUCAAAAUGAAAAGAAGCCAUUACAAAAGAAACGACUUGAUGAAGAGCUUGCCAAGAUCAAGGUCGACAUUGGCGUUUACUUGCCUAGUAAUCCAGAUGGACAUGUACUAGACAUCGAUCGAUCUUCUGGCCGACCUCUCCAGAGUCAUGCUAAAGCACCUUUCAUGGCUACAUUUUUGAUUGAAAAGGAACAAGAGGAUGCUCAUCACUUGGCACUUGUCAAGCAUCAUCAACAACAGCAAAAUGAAUUAGAAAUUCACAAGCGAACAAAACAGAUCUGGCAAGCCGCUAUCUUUAAAGUAGGAGAUGACUGUCGACAGGACGUCCUUGCACUUCAGUUGAUCGCUGUCUUCAAGAACAUCUUUACAAGUGUGGGUCUCGAUCUCUAUGUCUAUCCUUACCGUGUUGUAGCUACUGCACCAGGCCGUGGUGUGAUCGAUGUCAUUCCUCGCUCAAUCUCUCGUGAUCAAUUAGGUCGCGAGAAAGUGAACAGUCUCUAUGAUUACUUUGUUGCGAAGUAUGGAGGACCUGAUUCAAUUGCCUUCCAAAGAGCUCGUCUGAAUUUUGUACAAAGCGUAGCUGCCUAUUCUGUUAUUUCCUACCUGUUACAGUUUAAGGAUCGUCAUAAUGGUAACAUCAUGUUGGACGAUGAUGGUCAUAUUAUUCAUAUUGACUUUGGUUUCAUCUUUGAUAUUGCGCCUGGAGGCAUUACUUUUGAAAGCUCACCAUUCAAGCUAACAGCAGAGAUGAUUCAAGUCAUGGGAGGCGGUUCAGAAGAGCAAGCAUUUAGACAAUUUUCUGAGCUUGUAAUCAAGGCGUACUUGGCCUCGAGACCCUAUGCAGAGUUGAUUAUGCAACUUGUCACACUCAUGCUCCAGUCGGGACUCCCUUGCUUUAAAGGAGAGACGAUCAAACGUAUGCGUACACGAUUCCAGACAGAUAAGAAUGAUCGAGCUGCUGCUGAUUUCAUGCUGAUGCGUAUUAAGGAUUCUUUUGGUAAUCAACGUACUGUGCUGUAUGACUAUUUCCAAAAGCUGACAAACGGUAUUCCCUAUUAAUUACAAAUAAAACGAAAAAAUAUGUUUUAAACAAAAAGGUUUAU